AUGGAUUCGAAAACAUCUACACCUACGUCAACAGUAACCAAUGUGUACCCAACAGGAAUCAAACAGUCUUCGAUAUCAGUUGCAGUUAGAGUAAGACCAUUCACAGUUAACGAAAACAAUCGCCUAGUUAAACCAGAUGAUGAUGACUUUUUUCUUGGAGAUGGUUGUUUCACGGAUGGAAAUUCCAAUAACAACAAUGCCAUCACCAACAACCCUUCAUCAGCCAAUUCUAUAACCAAACAGAAAUUCCUUAACCAAUCAGGUAUUAGAAAAAUUGUCAAUGUAGUUGAUGAUCGCAUGCUAAUAUUCGACCCACCUGAAACUAACCCUUUAGCAAAGAUGCAGAAAAACGCCUUCCCCAAUAGUUUUAAAGGGUCACGAAUAAGAGAACACAAGUUUGUAUUUGAUAGAUUGUUUGACGAGGAUACAUCUCAAAAUGAAGUAUAUCAAAACACAACACGGCCAUUGCUUGAUUCGGUUUUGGAUGGGUACAAUGCUACUGUUUUUGCAUAUGGGGCUACUGGAUGCGGUAAAACUCAUACUAUUCUGGGCACUGUUGAAAAUCCCGGAGUCAUUUUCUUGACAAUGAAGGAAUUGUACGAAAAAAUUGGUGAAUUAAGUGACACUAAAAUUGUUGAUGUAAGUCUAUCAUAUCUUGAGAUUUAUAAUGAAACCAUUCGUGAUUUACUCAAUCCGGAAACAGAUUUUAAAAAGUUGAUAAUUAGAGAGGAUUCAAAUAACAAGAUCUCAGUGUCAAAUCUAUCACGACAUCGGCCCGAAUCAGUAGAAGAGGUGAUGCAAUUGAUCAUGACCGGAAAUGCCAACCGUACAUCGAGUCCAACCGAAGCUAAUGCAACAUCAAGUCGAUCACACGCGGUUUUGCAAAUAAAUAUCGAUCAAAAGAAUCGCACUGGUGAUGUUAAAGAAGAACACACGUUUGCCACAUUAUCAAUAAUAGAUUUGGCAGGAAGUGAACGAGCAGCAGCAACAAAGAAUAGAGGAGCUAGAUUGAAUGAAGGUGCAAAUAUAAACAAAUCAUUGCUAGCUUUGGGGAACUGUAUUAAUGCAUUAUGUGAUCCUAGACGUCGCAAUCAUAUACCUUAUCGUGAUUCGAAACUAACACGAUUGUUGAAGUUUUCACUAGGUGGUAAUUGUAAAACUGUCAUGAUUGUUUGUGUAUCGCCAAGUAGUCAACAUUAUGAUGAAACUUUAAACACUUUAAAGUAUGCCGAUAGAGCUAAGGAAAUCAAGACCAAAUUGAUCAGAAACCAACAUAAUUUAGAUCGACAUGUGGGAUCCUAUUUGAAAAUGAUUACCGAGCAAAAACAAGAGAUUGAAGAGUUACGAGCCAGGGAGAAUCAAGUUGUUGGCAUUACAAUUGAUAAGAGAAAAAAGAUUGAAAUACGGAUUUUUCAAUUAUUACAAGAUACGAUUCUAUCAGUCAAGCGUAAUAUUGCCAAAUAUAAUCUAGAUAAAUCGAAAAAGAUAUUUAUGUUGGCAAAGAGAAAAGUCCUUUUACGACAAAAGGUUGAAAUUGAAAUCUUACUCGAAGGCAAACAACAGUUUAAUCAACAACGACAAUCAUUUUUGCAUCAACGUUUUGAUCAAUUAACUUCAACUAUUUACGAUUUGUGUGAACAGAUUAUGUCGAAAAUUGAUCAUCAAAUUUUUCAAAUUGAGUCUCAGUAUAGGCAACGCACCGAAAUUGAUCAUAUAUUGGGGGAAUCGGCUGAACGAGUAUUGAAACGAUUGGAGGAUGAAGAACCAGAUUGGACGUUGAAUCAUUCUAUUAUAUAUGAUCAACUGAUUCAAUCAAUUCGUGAUGAUUUGCAACUGGAAAUCUUGGUUAAAUCGUCAGCAUUAUAUGACCAUUUAAUUUACUCACUAGCGGAUUUUUAUCGUACUCCAUGGGCGAUAGCAGCGUAUCUAGCCAACCAUGGUGGUGACGGAGGUGGUGGUAGCGGUAAUGACGAUAGAAUAAUGCAAGAUUUACUUGGUGGGUUGGAGAAACUAGUCAAUGGAACAUUUGAUGGUGUUUUUGAAAGAUUUGCUUUGGAUUAUCUUCGAAAUAAAACAUGGGAUGAAACUGGGACUAAUAAUGGAAAUGUAUCAAUGAGGCAAGAAGAGUUGGAAGACAGAAUGAUCAAUGAUGAAAAUGUAUAUUCUGCUCAAUUAUACAAGAAACCACGUACUAAUGGUGCAGGUUCUGGUGCUGGUGUAAGUUCGAUAAUAUCACCACCACGAGAUAUAAGGAAGCCAUCGACUAGGCGAAUGAAAACGUCGCCAAAUAGUAAAACAAAACGAUCUUUGAAGUUGCCUACUGCGUCGUCAUCAACUAGUAAUAAUAAUAAUAGUGGUUCUAAACGAGACUCGUUAGCACUACCCGCAACAGGCCGAGACCCAAAAGAAGUUAGCCCUACAGAGCAAGCAGAUCCAAAAGCAGAUUCGAUAGCAGAUCCAACAGCAGAUACAAGUAUGAAUGAUGUUAGUUUCCAAAAUAACUCCGACCUAAUGUUUCAAGACGGCAACAACUCGAUAAUAGAACAAGAUCUAGAUUCACCAAUGAGUAACAAACAAGUACAGUUUUUUGAUCUAUCGCAAGAUUUACAAAUGAGUUCCCCACCAUUACCACAAGUGCCGUUCAUACGUAGUGAAUCUUUGACAAGAAUUGAUAAUGGGGAUGGCAAUGGCAGGGGUGAGCGUCAACCUCACGGACAGAAUGAGUCAGAGGCGACUCCAUCGGCACCACUGCCAUCAGAACGACCACCACCACCACAACAACAACAGCACCCUUUCCCUCCCUUACAUAGCUUCAAUUUGACUGAGCUGAAGAUGUCCCUUUUGAAUAGACUGGCCGCCAGAGUAAUGCUGCAAAACGCAGAAUAA